AUGUGCAUGCUAGACCAUACUUAUCCUACCCGAUUGAGAGAACCUCGACAUGAUAUGAGCCAUCUAGACGGUACUCAUUCCAAUCGUCUGCGAAGACCUCGACUUGAUAUAUGCAACUUAGACCAUACUCAUCGCAACCGACUUAGAAGACCUCGUCUUGAUAUGAGCAAGCUAGACUAUACUCAUCCUAACCGACUGAGAAGUCCUCGACGUGAAAUGAGCAAGCUAGACCAUACUCAUUCCAACCGACUGAGAAGACCUUGA